AUGCAAGACAGACAGCAAAUGGCUGGAGCUGUCAACUUCUGGCAGCCGCGGCAGGAGCAGCAGUUGCCGAGCGAUGCAAAUUGGUUUGGGAAUGAUUCCGCGGCUGAUGGUGUGACUCCAGCAGAGUUGGCUCUUCUGCAGCGGCAUCUGAACAACGGAUCUCAGUGGCAGUGGUGGCAGACGGAAGCACCGGCACAGAGCGGCAGCGCCCCAGCCGGCGACGGCGAAUGGGCGGCCGGCGGUGUCUGGCCCUGGCAGGGCUCAGGCAUGUCUGAGAUGAAUGGGGCGGCCCGUCCAGCAAUGGAGGCUGCCCAGGCUGUCCAGGCACAGACAAUGACCGCCAUGGCUCCUGAAGGCGAUUGGUCCGCGGGUGUGGCGCAGCCAUGGAAUUGGCAAGGCACUUCCGAUAUGGAUGCUGUGGCUACUUCACUUCCGCAAGCAGAUGUUCAGGCUCAACCUACUCCGUCCUGGUCCUGGGAUCAAGGCCGGCAAGGCUCGGCCGAGAACUCUGCGACUCCGCCGAUCAGAAGUUCCCUCCCCCAGGUGGCCGCAAAGAUCCUCGGAGCACCUCCGGGUCUCGGCAACCCCGCAGACGCGGAUCCCGACAAGGGCCUCGCGGAGCAGAUGACGUCUGCGGUGGCGCUGUUCCUGGCCGGCGCGGAUUUCGAUGAAGCGGACAGCGACGAAGAACCUUCGCCAGAGCCAGUGCCCAGCGGCGUGGCCGGCGAGGCAUCUUCCACCUUCGGUGCCUCCGCGCUCGACGCCCCACCCUUUGUGCCGGGCCUGGGUGUCAGCACACCAGAAGCCUCGCAAAAGAUCCAGACCUCGCGGAUGAUGCCGGACGCGACGACGACAACUACGCCGACAACGAGCACAACUCCAACCAAGGUGGCCCAACCUGCCGCCACUCCUGAGACAACGAGUUCGUCGGGUCAAACGACCGAGCGGACCGAGUUGCGCCUCGACGACAUCCUUCCUAAGGAGGCGACGCUGUCGAUUACCAGCCCCGAGGGCCUGAACGACUUCUUCGCCAUCCUGCGCCAGCAGCCUCUUCCGGCAGACUUAGAGGAAGACCCGAGGAGACUCACCGUCUUCAACGCCGCUAUUGCCAAGGCUAUCCUGGAAAUGUACAAGAAGCGCUCUCCACCGACCGUCAAGUCGUUGCAGAGCAAGCUGCGGGAGAGCGGCCAUUUUACCGAGGAGCACAUCCAAUCGCUCCUCCUCGUUUGUGCGAGGGAUGUGCCCAAGAUCUACUCCAUUCGGCAAGCCCCGAUGGGUGCGCAGCCGGUCAUUCUGCUUACCAAGCCUCCGAUGUGGUUCCAGGGCUUCCAAGACGAGGAUCUGGUUCAGGAAGAGCCUGAUCCUGGCAACACAGUUUACCCCGAAAGCCAUGCCGCGGACAAGCAGGCGCCACAACAGCUGGCGUCCGCCGAUUCCGAGCUCCUGAAGGCCUUCCACGGCCUUCUUGGGGACGAGUCCAUGCUCCUGCCCAAGCAGAUAACGAAAGCCGCCUUGGAGCUGCAGCGCAACUACUCGCCAUUUGUCCAGACCGCGAUGCCAGACUUGGAAAACGUGGUCAAGGAAGCUUUGCGAAGGAAGUGGCUCCGGUCUAGCAGCUUGUCCCAGGCAGCGAUGGCUUACGACCCUCCAACUUCGGAUCCAACAGUUCCAGGAAGUCCCUCGUCCUUUCUUUUGCCAGAGGGCACUCCACUGGGUCUCGGAUGGAUGAAAGAGGUAUUUGAAGUUGAGGAGGUUAGGCUGGACAUUGAGCAGGUCAGGCCGAAUACCUGCUGGCCUCAAACGGGGUCAGGCCUGCGCCUAUUGGGCCACUCGCCCCCGGAGCUUACCCCGCGCAAGCAGCUGGACUUCGGAAGCACGAGCCAAGAUUACCGCAAACGCUUGCAGCAAGCCGGAGAGCUAUCCUUCAGCUUCAUAGGCUCAAAGGGAGCAGCAGUCGUGGAAGCAUCAGGAGGCUUCAAGGUUCGCUUCUGCGGUUCUCGACUUGCUCAGAUGGAGAGCAGAUGGGUCGACUCGGUGGGGGUGGACCCGCUUCAGAAGCAGGAUGUGUCCGGCUUGCUCAAUGAGCUGAUGUUAUUGUUCCCAACCGGCAUGCGCUUCUCGGCGCUUAAGGAGCACCUCAAAGCCUCCAAUGAUGGGCAUUUCUCUGAGAACUCCUUCCUUUGUCCCACAAUCGUUCCGCGGCCCGAGCCCCCAUCAGCUGUUCGAGAGUUCCGGGCUAAUGAGUACGAAGGACUUCCAGAGAAGGUGGUCAAUGGAGGUUUCAUCGGAGCUGGAAAGUCGAUCUUGAAGUAUGAUGGUGUUUGCCUGCGUCGACUCGUCAAUCAUAGCCUCAUAGCCUUUGCAUGGACGAUCCUACGCAGCACCAAACGUCCCCUUGCGAUGGUUGAGCGUAAGAGCAAGAAGCACCUCAUAGGGGUCGUCUCCCUGCUCCUCGCCUUUGCCGCUAGGCCACGGCCGUCAAUAGGUGACCUGUCGACGGAUGCCGAAACGCCUGUUGUCCCCGAAUGUGGUAAGCCUGCUCAUCACUAUUGUGACGUAGCCAUGCGGGAGUUCACGCUUCCGUUCAAGCCCGAGGAGCUUCUGGCGGAGCCCAGUGAUGGGCGGCUCUGGGCCUCCGAACUUCCCUGUGUGGAGUCCUGGUCCGAGAAGGAAGUGAAUAAGGCGCUGGAUGGCUUGGUGGGGCGGCUCCUGGGAAGCCAGGGAAAGGACCUGGCAGAUGAGUCAAUGUUCUCCCUGCUCUUCGCGAUCCUGCAAGCAUGGCCGAGGCUCGAUGACAGCAUCGCACCUCGUGUGGUGGACCUGCUCACAGAUUCCGCUCGGCGGCUGAUUGCAGAGGCCGGUAAAGUGCGCAAGGGCGCGAAGCCGGCGAAGGUGGACAAGGCAGCCGAAGCCCAGUCAAAGGAUCUACGAAAUGCAUCGAAGGUGGCAGCCUUCUUUCUGCGCUGGACCACGGAGUACCUGAUGCAACAAGGCACCACCGAGUCGCGCAAAGGCCGAGGGCGAGGUCGAGGAGCGAAGGCGGGCACAGCCUUGCAACAGGCAGAGCAGGCGGCAGCGGCCGAAGAGGCAAAGGAGGCGCUGAGAGCGCAGGAGCGGCAGCGAUGUGCCGUGCUCCAGGAGUUGGCAGGGCUGGUGAACCGAGGAGCCAUGCCUUGGCUGUGGCUCAGCGAGCCCGCCUCGUGGCAGCAGGCAGCCACGGCCGUGUCCGAUGCCGGCUUCUACGUCCUGGACUCCACGGAGGCAUUGAAGAGCCGCGAGACGCGGCAGAUGGCCCUUCAGUGCAUCGUGGCCCCGCUGCUCCAGGAGGGCCAGCAGCAUUCCAAUCUCCUGGUGGCCACCGUGUCGAAGCUCAUCCAUGGGUUGCGAGUCGGCGAAGGUACUGCCACCUUCACGGCCGAGUGCCUGCUCCAAGCGCACACGACCCCUCUGCCCAGGCUCUUUCUCGUCGACCUGACCCAGCACUGUGGCCAAGAGCUCACUGCCCAGGGCGCCUUCCAGCGAUCCUUGGCCGCUUUCUUGGUCGCCUUAGCAGAGCGCCUGCCCCACGUGGUUCUGGCAAACAUUUCUGUGCUUCUUCCUCUUCUGGACGUGGAUUGCUAUCCCAUCCGGCAGGCCAUCGUUGAGAGCAUGGGGCACCUUCUGUCGGCCGAAGGCCGCAAGCUGCCCAGAGGGGCCCACAGCGUCCAACCGGCCGCGGAGGACGCCGAGGAGGCGACGGAGGAAAUUGUGCAGAGUAGCAGUGGCACCUUCUCCCUCGCCACUGCGACAAAGACAGACCUGCUGGAGACGCUCUUCACGCGCUCGCUGGACAAGAGCGUCUGGGUCCGGUACCGCGUGCUGCAGACCCUCACAAGCUUGGCCUCCAACGCGCGCUUGCCCAGGGAGCAGUGGCCACGAGUUCUUGAUCUCGCCAUUCGCCGAAUGCAGGACACGGCAAGCAUGUCCAGGAAGGCAGCCAUGCAGCUCGUGCGCACCCUGGUGGAGUUUCAUCCCUAUGGCCCUGCCUUGAAGGGUACGGGCGACGAGCGGGCGAAAGCAGAGAAGCUUCUGACCGAAAUCCAUGAACGCCUCAAGAAGCUCAAGGCUGAAGAGCUGGCGGAGUUGGAGGGCAAGGAGGAAGAGGAGGAGGAGGACGCUAACGACGAGCCGCAAGAGCAGCCGGAGAAGCGCCGUCGUGUCAAGGGCAAGACCGAGACAGAGGUCAGCAUUGCGCGGGAAGUGGACAAAGACCUGUCGGCAGAGAUCAGCUCCGACGACGCCCGAAAGGAGUCUCGCCAGAAGCAGCGGGAGGCGCUGCUCCGCAUGCAGGAGUGCUAUGCACAGAGGGUCCAGUUCGUGGAGUUGCUCGACUCGGCAGAAUCGCGGCUGCGGAGCCUUUUAUCUUCGAAGACUCCGACGGAUGUCACCGAGGCCAUUGGUGUGGUAGUUGAGCUUCGCCUGCGCGGCGUUCCUGCUGCAGCCCGCGCCUUCCAUCAGGUGCUGGGCCUCGUGUGGAGCCGCCAUGCUCCCAUCAAGGAUGCGGCUGUCGACGCCUUCUAUCGCAUGCAUCUCGAAGGCCGAGACGCCGCCUCUGCCGCCACGGCGAUUCUGCACAUCUACAGGGAUGGCCACGCAGCAGGCAGCCUAACGCACACACAUUUGGCCAGUGUCCAGGAGCUCAUUCAGCAGGCCGCCGACAAGGAGCUCGUGUCUGCCCGGGACGUAAUGCCGACACUCCUGGCAUCGCUGACAGAGCCCUCGAUGUCGGCCUUCGCCUUGCGAGCCAUCACAGCCCUGGUCCCCUCAACAGCAGGGCACGCCUCGGUUUCCGCAGCCCUCCCGAAGCUGAAGGAGUUCAUCACACAGCAGAAGGUGGGCUCCGCCGAGGAUCGACUGGAGAGCCUGCGGUUGGUGUGCCAGCUCCUCAUGCGCUUCCAAUCCUCCAGCAAGACUCCCCUGCAACAGCAAGUCUGCGCCACCUUGCACGACAUCUCCCAGCAGGGCCUGCUCAUCGUGGUCCAGCACUUCGUCAGUGGCGAAAUACCGGCACAUUGGUUUGGUGCUGCCCAGGCCAGCAUGGAUCUCUCUUUUGAGCUGGCGGCCCUGGGCAAGUCCGCAGUCGACGCUGCUCAUCGCUCCCCUGACAAGGUCUGGGAGAACAUUCUGAACCGGAUGCUUUGCGGCCUUCUGGGAGGCUCGCAAAGCUCCGCCUCUGAGGCGGAGGCCGCAGACGGGAAGCCGGAGGAGCUGGUUCGCCAAAUUUCCGUUCCACAGCUGGGCUGUGUGGCUUUCAUUGCUGGUCACUUGGCAUUGAGGAUGCUCAUCUUCCUGGAAGGGCUGCAGUCUGCGCUCAAGAGGAAGCGCCUGGCACAGGAGGAGGCCAAGAUGGCCGAGCAGCGAGAGAAGAGCAAGGAGAAGAAGGCCGUGGGCAAGAAGGGAAAGGCCCAGAAGGUGGACGAAGAGGAGGAGGAGAAGCACACCGAGGCGAGCAUGGGCGGUGUCGGCCAGGAAGAGCGCGAAGCCGAGGCCUUUGCACAGCUUGCAGAAAACGGACUCCUCUACAGCACCAAUCGCCUGCUGGACAGGGUGAAGCCGCUGCUGUUCGCUUGCCUUCUCAACAAGGAUCUUCGCAUGUAUCCGCUGAUACGGCGGGUUGGUGCCAUCAGCCUCUGCAAGUUCAUGACAGUGUCGAAGCGCUUCUGCCAGGAGAACUUGCAGCUGCUUUUCUCUGUGCUGUUCCCGAAAUCGGGCAAGGGCCAGCUGAGUGGGGCAGCAGCUGAGGACGCGGUGAUGGGUCCUGGUGGUCUUUUGGAGGAUCUCACUUUACGACAAUCCUUGCUGGUGGCUGUUGGUGACCUACUGUUCCGGCAUCCGAAUGUAGUGGAGCCUUGGACGGGACGCCUGUAUGCCACCUUGACUUCGACAGUGGACAGCAGCGAGGAGGGCGGUCAGAGUGCCUGCGAUCUUCGACUGACCGCAUUGUUGGUUCUGACGCACCUGGUUCUGAACGACAUGAUGAAGCCCCGGCCCGUGCUUCUGAUUCGGGCACUGUGGCUCACUGCGUGCAGCCAUGAAGCCACCGCUCGGGUCGCUCGAAUCCUUUUCCAGGAGCUCUCGAAGCGCAGCACUAAUGUGGUCUACAACCUGCUCCCUGAGAUUGUGGCGCGGCUGCCAGAGCAUGUGGCCGAGGUCGGUGUCGAGGGCGGGGCCACCGGUCGUGUGCAAUACAUCAUGCAGUUUGUGGAGAAGGAGAAGCAUAUCGAGGGCCUCAUCGAGAAGUUCUCCUUGCGACUUGAACAGUGUGCUGGUGGCUCUGGUGCCCACACCGAGCCGACUGCGACGCAGGCAGAACCAGAGAUGGAUUUAGAAGAGGCGGUCCCUGUGCGGGUAGAGGACACCAUCUCCUGCCUGGCACAUGCACUUGGAGCUAUGAACUACUCUGACAGAUGCAUCCUGCGUUUGCAUGAUGUUGUCGUGGUGAGGAAAGCACUGAAUCUCAGCUUGUCCUACCACGCUGUGGUUAGAGAUUGCAUCCUAGGUGUUGUAGAAAAGGCCCGCAAGCCUCGACAAGGCAAGGAGAAGGGUGAAAGCGCACCCGCCGAGCCAGAUGCAGCAGCUGCCGAAGGAGGUGGCGGUGGUGCCAAAGGAGCAAGCGCUGCAGCGGCAUCUGCGCUAGAUGCCCUGGAGCAGCUAAUCAACACACUGGCAAACGGAAAAGACGAGUCGAAAGAAGAGGCUCCUGCCGUCGCUGUCCGAAAGCCUGGCAACCUGCCUGGCAAGAAGAAGCAGGCGGACACCAAUGCUGAGCCGGGUUUUGAGGAGGCUGAGAAAAAGGAGCGAAGCGGUAAAGGCCGCGGCAAGGGGCGUGGAAAGGCUCGCGUCGCCGGCAAGGAGAAUCUUCCGGGCAAUGGUGUGCCGAACAAAGGCCGAAAGCGAAAGGCUGAAAAAGCCAGGGCCGACGAUGAUGACGAGGAUUAUGAGUAA